AGAACAAAACGAAACCCUAAAACUAAAGGUUCUCCGCAUUUUAUCUGGACAAUAACAUGAUUUAAAGAACUUUAAAAGAAUAGUGUAUGUCUCAUUCUACAAUUAAAGCGUUAUCUUGGUCAAAAAUAACAAGUGCGUUUUGAAAUUGACAAAAUCCAAGAUGGCGGCCAAUCCUGCCCGGACUCGCAAGUGAAAGACUAUACCGUUUCUUCUUCCUUUUCCAUCCCCGUCGGCAUUUGUGGAACAGAUCUGUUGAUGGUUGCAAAGUCUGGAAGGACGAUGAAACACAUAGUAAUAAUUCCGGGGAAUGGCGCUGGUGACGUUACGGCGGCCAAUUGGUAUGGCUGGGCGAAAAGAAAGUUAAAUGCUAUGGAAGACGUGAAAUGCGACCUCCGAAACAUGCCCGACCCUAUCACUGCCAGGGAAUCAGUCUGGAUUCCUUUUAUGAGAGAUGAGAUGAAUUGUGGCGACAAUACCAUAAUAGUUGGCCACAGUUCCGGUGCUGAAGCCGCUAUGAGGUUCGCGGAACGGUAUAAAGUAAAAGGUAUCGUUGUGGUCUCGGCAUGCGUAACGGACCUUGGCGACGAGAACGAGCGGGCCAGUAGGUAUUACAGCCGACCCUGGGACUGGGACACAAUCAAGAGCAAUACCGAAUGGCGCGUUCAGUUUGGAUCAACAGACGACCAGUUUAUACCAUGGACGGAGCAGCAACAAGUUGCAGACGGUAUGACGUCAGAACUAUACAAGUUCGACGAUAAAGGCCAUUUUAUGAACACUUCUUUCCCGAAAUUGAUUGAAGUAAUAAAGAAAAAACUUGAAUAAAAUAUUGAUAGAAACGGACAA